UUCAUUUCAGAUCUGUUUUUGAUUUGGGGUUCUUUCAUCUAACUUUCUUGGGGUUAAUCCACCGUUAAAAAGAAAAGAACCCAUCAAUCUGCUACACCCUUGUUUUGUUUGAACAAAUCUCUGAUUGAUUAUCUAUUGUUCAUAAGCAGGAAAUUGAUCCAAAACUUGUUAAAGAAUAAGAGAAAGCUAAUUAAAGCUUUGAAAGGAGGCUCCAAUUUCCACCCUUUAUCUCCAGAUUUUCUGAUUCUCUUAUUAUUAUUAUUAUUAUGAAACUGUAGUUUGUAGCAUCCUCUCUAUGUUUGAGAAAUAGAAAUGGAUUUGACUGAAGGGUACAUGUCAAAUGAGCAUAAGGAACAACUUCAUGCUGCUUCAGAAAGUGCGGAUCCGUCAUCUGUUUCUCCAUUGAGAAUCUCUACAUCUCCCAAAUCACCAAAGCUUCGUUAUGGUAAAGAAAGCCCGAUCAAAGGGAGCCCUACAAAGGGCAUUAGUCCAAAGAAAAAUGACCGGCAUUCGCAUUCUGGAACUGAUGGCCGUCCUAAGAAAGGUGGUUGUGGGGGAAAAGGAACAUGGGGAGGAUUACUUGAUAUGGAUGAUAAUCACUUUAUUGACAGUAAUGAUCCAAACUAUAGUAGUAGUGAGGAGAACGAUAAAUCCGUUAGAAAAGUUUGUCCACGAUUUGAGGAGUACAAGAAGAAGGCUGCAAUUAUAGUCGAAGAAUACUUCGCCACUGAUGAUGUUGUCUCGACUGCAAAUGAGUUAAAAGACCUUGAAAUGGCAAGUUACAGUUACUAUUUUGUGAAGAAACUCAUCUCCAUGGCUAUGGAUAGGCAUGAUAAAGAGAAAGAAAUGGCAGCCGUUCUUUUAUCGUCGCUCUAUGCUGAUGUUAUCGAUCCCCGACAAGUUUACAAAGGUUUCCGGAAGCUUGUGGAAUCCGCGGAUGAUUUGAUUGUAGAUAUUCCGGAUACUGUUGAUGUUCUAGCGUUGUUCAUAGCUCGAGCAGUGGUGGAUGACAUUCUACCGCCUGCAUUCUUGAAGAAGGAAAUGGAUGCUUUGCCGAGUGGCUCGAAGGGCAUUGAUGUCAUUAAACGAGCGGAAAAAGGUUAUCUGUCGGCCCCACUUCAUGCGGAGAUCAUAGAGCGGCGGUGGGGUGGUAGCCGGAAUAAAACCGUUGAGGAUGUGAAAGGGAAGAUCGAUAAUCUGUUGGUGGAGUAUGCGGUGAGCGGUGAUAAGAAGGAAGCGCUCAGAUGCAUCAAUGAUUUGAAAGUUCCGUUCUUCCAUCACGAGAUCGUUAAGCGGGCGAUCAUUAUGGCGAUGGAACGAAAGAAAGCCGAGGGUAAACUUCUUGAUUUGUUAAAGACGGCUUCGGAAGAAUGUUUGAUAAAUUCGAGCCAGAUUUCAAAAGGGUUUACUCGAAUUAUUGAUACGAUCGAUGAUUUAUCGCUCGAUAUACCAAAUGCUAAGGAAUUACUACAAUCGUUGAUCUCGAAAGCUGCAUCGGAAGGGUGGUUGUGCGCUUCGUCGUUAAAAGCCGUGUCAUUUCAGCCCGAAAAGAAAUUGGUCGAAGAUAGCAUCGUGAGAGCGUUUAAAGCAAAAGCGCAAUCUAUAAUUCAAGAAUACUUUUUGACAGGCGACGUUUUGGAGGUAAAUAGUUGUUUGGAAUCGGAAAAUCUUUCUUCGAUCCCGGAACUGAAAGCGAUUUUCGUCAAGCGGCUGAUUAUGCUGGCAAUGGACCGGAAAAAACGAGAAAAGGAAAUGGCAUCGGUUUUGUUGUCGUCGUUAUAUUUUCCGGCGGAUGAUGUAGUGAAUGGAUUCACGAUGUUGAUAGAAUCCGCAGACGAUAUUGCUUUGGAUAUUCCGGUGGUCGUGGAAGAUCUCGCAAUGUUUUUGGCUCGAGCGGUGGUGGAUGACGUAUUGGCUCCGCUACACUUGGAGGAAAUCGGUGGCGACUCUUUACGGCCGGAUUCGGUCGGAAACCAAGUUCUGAAAAUGGCACGUUCGCUUCUGAACGCUCGGCUUUCCGGCGAGCGGAUCUUGCGGUGCUGGGGUGGCGGCGGAAGUUACACAAACGGAUGGGCGAUUGAAGAUGUAAAAGAUCAGAUCGGCAAACUUCUGGAGGAGUUCGAGUCCGGCGGCGACACACGGGAAGCGUGCCGAUGCAUAACGGAGCUCGGGAUGCCGUUUUUCCACCACGAGGUCGUUAAGAAGUCGUUGGUGACGAUUAUCGAGAAGAAGAACGAUCGGCUUUGGAAGCUGCUCGAUGAGUGUUUUAACAUGGGGCUUAUAACUCCGACUCAGAUGACGAAAGGGUUCGGGAGGGUGGCGGAAUCGCUCGAUGAUUUGAGUUUGGAUGUGCCCGACGCUAAACAGCAAUUCGGCGCGCUGGUCGAACGGGCUAGGGCGCAUGGAUGGUUGGAUUCGUGGUUUAGUUUCAGCAAAGGACCGCAUCCGAUGGAAAAUGGGUUUCAUUCUUGAAUCAACCGUGGGUCAAUGGAAUUUUCAUGUAGUUUUACCAUUGCUUUUAGUUGAGAACACAAAUAUUUGGAAAAAUCGGCAAUAAAAUUUUCGAACUUUACGA